UCUUUUCCCUCGAGUCCCCGUCAAGCGCUGCGAGGCAGUGUGACCUCAGCAAGCUUCUGGACCAAGGCGGAAGCCAACAACUUUUUCCAGUGAGGUGAUCGGCUGCCACUGGCCAGCACAAAUUGAUCAACAUGAGGGGGUUACACCAAACCGGGCGGCACCAGUCCCACCCCAUCACGAUGUCGGUGGAGAAGCAGAAAAAUGUGAUGCGUGAUGUGCGGAUCGGCAAGCUGUGCCUCAACAUCUGUGUGGGCGAGUCAGGCGACAAGCUGACCCGUGCUGCCAAGGUGCUGGAGAGCCUGACAGGGCAGAAGCCGGUGUUCUCCAAGGCCAGGUACACCGUGCGCUCCUUCGGCAUCAGGAGGAACGAGAAGAUCGCCGUCCACUGCACUGUGCGGGGACCCAAGGCUGAGGAGAUCCUGGAGAAGGGGCUGAAGGUGCGUGAGUACGAGCUGCGUCGUGACAACUUCUCCCAGAACGGCAACUUUGGCUUUGGUAUCCAGGAGCACAUCGACUUGGGCAUCAAGUAUGACCCUGCCAUCGGUAUCUUCGGUUUGGACUUCUUCAUUGUCCUCCAACGACCUGGUUACCGUGUGGCCAAGAGGAGGCGCAGCCCUGGCAAGAUCGGACCCCAGCACUGCCUGGUCAAGGAGGACGCCAUCAAGUGGUUCCAGACCAAGUAUGAGGGCGUCAUCCUGCCUGGAAAGAAGAAGUAAAUGCUUGAAUAAAUGUUAAGUGAAGA